AUGUCACACAGCAUCUCAGAUCUCCAAACCGCCUUGUCCUCGUCGCUUUUCCCGCAACUCACUGUUGGCAUCUUCCUACUGUUCGUGGCAUGGCUAGUUUAUCGACGCUUCGGCGCCAUGGAGCGGGUUGCGAGUGUCCCUCCCGUGCACGGCGCCCACAUCGCGGCCUCAGCAACGGCGCUGGACACGCUCACGUCCACGGCGCAAGAUCAUGCUCUCCUGCCCGUGGAACACAUCCACGCCGGGGCUGCUGUGAAGCACUCGCAUAUCUGGCUGGCGAAGUACAUCCCCGACCCGGUGCUCCACGAGUACGAGAACCGCCACCACGUGGGAAACUACGUGAUGGACCGGGUGACGGGGGAGAAGACGUUCGAGCAGAUGAGCAUCUACGUGCGGGUCGGGAUGCAUCUGCUGUACUACGAGUCGCGACAGGCGCAAAUACUGCACGUCAAGCGGGUGCAAGAGGUCCUCCGGAGAGCAGAGCGUCAAGAUGGACCGGGCGACUACCACCGUUGGCAUGCGCCCGUCACGGGGACGGUCGACUAUGUCAAGAAGAUCCCCGGCACGUAUUACACGGUCAAUCCGCAGGCGAUCAGCCAGGAGGGCACCUUGAACGUGUUUGUCGAGAACCGGAGGGACGUCAUGAUCAUGCACCAACCCGUCACAGGGAACAAGGUCGCCGUUGUCGCGGUCGGCGCAAUGCUGGUGGGGAGCAUCAAGAGGAAUCCUGGCAUGGAGGAACCGGGCAAGACCAUGAAACGGGCCGAUUGUCAGGGCGCGUUCCAGUGCGGAAGGCAGCACCGUCAUCGUAGUAUAUCCCAAAGGUGA